CUACUAUGUUCAUGGGCAGGUCCGGGUCGGGCCGAAUCGAGCUGUGAAAUAUUAAUGGUCCUCAAAAUUUAACAAAACCAAGCUUGAUUAUAGUCCCAACUAAUGCCACUACAAACCCCACGCCGUCUUCCCCUCGCCCCUCUCUCCCUCGUCUCAAAAUCGCGGGGGACAGUGGGAGUUGCUAACUUCAACGGAGAGAGAAGCAAGAAAUGGGAGGCAGAGGAAGGUCUCGUACUCAGAGAAAACACUUCCGUCAGAGCAGAGAGAAUGUUUGGAAGCGUAGCAAAUCUGAUAAUUCUGAACAAGAAGAGACCGACAACAACAACAACCCAAACCCCAACCCCAACCCCAACACUACUUGGGAGCCUUUCGCCACUCAAAACCAAGCCUUCGAUGAAUACUACAAGGAACAAGGUAUAGUAUCCCCAGAAGAGUGGGACACUUUCAUCCAAUUUCUUCGAAAGUCGUUACCUGCUGCUUUCAGAAUCAAUUCAAGUGGCCAGUUUUGUGCCGAAAUUCGCUCGCAGUUAGAGAAUGACUUUAUGAAAUCUCUUCAGUCUGAGGUAACUGAUGGGAGUGAAGAGGCAAUUUUUCCAAUGCCUUGGUACCCUGAGAAUCUUGCUUGGCAUUCAAAUUUUUCUCGUAUGCAGUUGAGGAAGAACCAAACCCUUGAGAGGUUCCAUGAGUUCUUAAAGCUAGAAAAUGAAAUUGGAAACAUCACAAGACAGGAGGCUGUAAGCAUGGUACCUCCGCUGUUCCUGGAUGUACGGCCAGAUCAUUUUGUUCUUGAUAUGUGUGCAGCUCCAGGUUCAAAAACAUUCCAGUUACUUGAGAUGAUACACGGAUCAACUGAAUAUGGUUCUUUACCUAGUGGAAUGGUAAUAGCAAAUGAUGUUGACGUCCAAAGGUGUAACCUCCUUAUCCACCAAACAAAAAGAAUGUGCACUGCUAACUUGAUUGUCACAAAUCAUGAAGCGCAACACUUCCCUAGUUGCCAUUUAAAUAACAAUCAUUCUAAUGCCUCCGAGACUGAAGUGUUGAAGGUGCCAAAUCUCAGUCAACUUCUAUUUGAUCGUGUCUUGUGUGAUGUUCCUUGCAGCGGGGAUGGUACUCUCCGUAAGGCUCCUGAUAUAUGGAGGAAAUGGAGCGUUGGAAUGGGUAAUGGACUUCAUGGUCUACAAGUUCAGAUUGCAAUGCGGGGUCUCGCUUUGCUUAAAGUUGGUGGAAGAAUGGUUUACUCAACUUGCUCUAUGAAUCCAGUUGAGAAUGAGGCUGUGGUUGCUGAGAUUCUGCGGAGGUGCGGGGGGUCUGUCGAACUUCUUGAUGUCUCCAGUGAGCUUCCUCAGCUUGUUCGCAGACCAGGUCUUAAGAAAUGGAAGGUUCGAGAUAAAGGGAUCUGGUUAGCUUCUUACAAAGAUGUCUCCAAGUUUCGCAGAGAUGGGAUUAUUGCCAGCAUGUUUCCUUCUGGCGUAAACUAUGUGGAUGCAUCUAGAGAUGACCAUGAUACAGUCUUGGGAGAAAGGCAUGAUGGUGCUGGUAAUGGAAACUCUGAAAAUGGGUUGCAGUUGACGGAAAAUUCAGUGGCUUCGACAGUUGUUCUUGAUGAGGAAGUUUCAAGUCUCCCUUUAGAACGUUGCAUGAGGAUAGUUCCUCAUGAUCAGAAUACUGGGGCCUUUUUUAUUUCUGUCUUCCACAAAUUCUCUCCUUUGCCUGCUAUUCAGAAAAAACCUGUUCGUCUGCGUGGGCAAUUGUAUUCUAGUAAUGAUAAUUGGACGGAGAAAUUAUCAAAUGAAGUGAAGGAAGAUUCAGAUGGGUUGGAAGUCAAUCCAGCAGUUGUUAUAGGUGAGCAACUUCCAGAAACAGCUCCCGAAGCUGAUUUACUUGAUAAUGAAACGCAGGAAACCGCUUUGGAUGUUGAUUCUGUUAAAAUGGGUGAAGAACCAGAGGAGAAGGAAACUGUGGCUCCUCUUGAUAAGGAAACUGGUGUCCCAGUAUCUAGAGGAAAGAGGAAGUUACAGAUUCAAGGGAAGUGGAAAGGUGUUGACCCUGUUGUUUUCUUCAGGGAUGACGCUGUCGUAACUAGCAUAAAGACAUUCUACGGUAUUGAGGAAUCAUUUCCAUUCUGUGGUCACCUUGUCACGAGGAACAGUGAUACUAACCACGUGAAGAGAAUUUACUAUAUAUCAAAAUCAGUUAAAGAUGUUCUUGAACUGAAUGAAGCAGGGCAGCAACUCAAGAUAACUUCAAUUGGCCUGAAGAUGUUUGAACGACAAACGUCAAAGGAGGGUAACUGCUCACCAUGUGCAUUUCGGAUAUCAUCUGAAGGAUUGCCACUUCUUCUUCCACAUAUAACCAAGCAGAUCCUACCCGUGUCCCCAGUUGACUUCAAGCAUCUCUUGCAAUAUAAAAGCAUUAAAAUUCCGGACUUCGUUGAUGCUGAAUUCAGAGAGAAGGCUUCAAAGCUAAUGAUGGGAUGUUGUGUGGUGGUUUUAAAUAAAGGUAUCCAAACCUUGUCAGAUCCUCCUCAAACAGAUGCUUCAACAAUUGCCAUUGGAUGCUGGAAAGGUAGGAGUAGCAUCUCUGUGAUGGUGACAGCAAUUGACUGCCAGGAAUUGUUAGAAAGGCUAUUGAAAUGCAUGGAGACUAAAGAGGACCCCCUACUGCAAGAAAGGGAGGACUCUAGUGUUAUUGCAGAUGAAGCAGUGAAAAUGAAUGAUGUUGAACUUGAAGAUCCAAUAACAGUUAAACUUGCAACUGUUGGUUAAGCUAACAACAAUUUUUUUGAGUCUGCUUUUUAAGUGUUUUUAUUAUUUUUUUUUUGUCACCUACUCAUCAAAAGUUAUAGUAGGGUUGUUUUCAUGUUUGUUUCAAUGUAACAUUGUACUACAGCCGAUUAUGUUAAGAACAUUAUUAUUCUUA